AUGAUGGCACGAGUACGGGACACCACCAACAAUGACAACAACGACGAUGAAGUCUCCUGCUCCGAGACCUUUCCUCCCUUUUUCCCUCCUUUUUCUGGUCACCGGGUCUUCGCAACAGGCUUCGAGUCACUUCACACCCGAUCCAAGUUCACCAGAACCGCUGUGGACAUCAUGGACACCACAACCGCCACCAACACGAGUCUCUCUGCGUCCAACACCUCCACGGACGAUCAACCAAGGGAGACCUCGACCACCCAAUGGCCAAGUGAAGAUUCACAAGACCAAGGUCCGUCACCCUCGACCGUGAAUGAGGUCGACCUCAGCUCAACAGGGUCCGGCUUGCCAACAGUCGGCGACACUUCAAGCCCGACUGUUCCGUCAUCAUCGUCCCCCUUGUCUCUGCUCGCGGCGACGUCUCCGUCUGCGUCUAUGACCACCUUCCGCAGCACAUCCCCGUCGCCGAUCCCGUCGCCACACAGCUCCACCGUCUCGUGGGCUAGUGAUUCGAGCUUAUCACCGACAUCAUUGAACUUCUCCACGUCUACCUCCACGCCUACCUCUACCUCUGCCGUGAAUACGCUGGCUUCGCCUCCGUCCUCUGCCUACACCACCGGCAUCUACAUCGCGCUGGGAAUAUUCCUCUUCUUCGGCGUCUUGUGCGCGUUCGUCACCAGCCAUAUUUCAGCCAAUACAAUCAAGGGGUUGUUCCACAGGGGAGAGCGAGGGAGUGGAGGAGCCAGAGAAGAACAAUGA